AAAACAAGCAGAUCAUAGUGUUGGGCCUGGAUGGAGCAGGGAAAACCAGUGUCCUCUACUCUCUAGCUUCAAACAGAGUCCAGCACAGCAUGGCGCCUACCAAAGGUCUCCAUGCAGUGUGCAUCAACAUUCAAGACAGACAAAUGGAGUUCCUGGAGAUUGGCGGCAGUGAACCUUUCCGUUCUUACUGGGAAAUGUACCUGCCCAAGGGAUUGCUGCUGAUCUUUGUGGUAGAUUCAGCAGACCACAGUCGAUUACCUGAAGCCAAAAAACACCUUCAUCAAGUGAUUGGAACAAACCCUAUCCUUCCUCUCAUUGUAUUUGCAAACAAACAGGAUCUUGAAGCAGCGUAUCACAUCACAGAUAUCCACGAUGCUUUGGCAUUAUCUGAGGUGGGAAAUAAUAGGAAGAUGUUCUUGUUUGGAACCCAAGUGACUAAGAAUGGCUCAGAGAUACCCUCCAUCAUGCAAGAUGCUAAAGACCUGAUUGCACACUUGGCUGCAGAUGUGCAGUGACUAAGACCCAACCCA